CAGCCUCUUUGGUAAGGGAUUCGAUGGUUUCAGUGGGACAAUCUUUCGUCUCCGUUUCAGUCAUUUUUAAAGCACCACAACACUCCCACUUGAAAUCAGGCAAAACAUCAAUAAACAGCUGACAGUUGAUUUUGACAGAUACUAGGGGAAUUCUCGCGAGCGUGAAUUCUCGCCUCGGGUUGUGGUGACGCAAUUUAACCUCAAUUUUGAACCCUUAGAAUUUUAAUAAAUGCCGUUUUUCUCUGGGUUGAUUUCCAUUUUUAACAACAAAAUUUUCGCCGCACUUAAUUGUUUAUUCAUAAAGCAGUAGUCAUACUUUGGGUUCAUGCUUCAACACAUUUCAACACACCCUGUAUUUUGAUUACUGUGACCCUAAAGUUACAGAAAAUGUACCCUCUUCAGCGAGUGUUCCUCUAUAAUUUCAAGCUAAAUCAGGCGAAUAAAAGUUUAAUUCAUACUUGUGCCACUUUGCGCACAUUUUGGGAAAGGGACGAUAAGGGGGGUUAUAAUACAAAACAGCAUGUCCCUUUUAAGGAGAGAAUGCGCCAGGGGCUGCACGAACUCAAACAGGAAAUAGCGUUGUGGAAACAAGAAAUGAAAGAAGAUUUUGAGAUGGAUCCCAUUUUGGUAAAUAGACCGGGGGAGACUGAUAUUGUAUGGAAGUUUGGGGACGAAGAGUCACUAAAAAAAUGGGUUAUAACGAGUGAUAGUGACCACGGUGAGGGUUUUAGUACGUGUAGUUUAAGUUUAACGAACAAUAAGAAGGGACUGUUUUCUGGGGAGUUAUCGACAAAAGUACCAAAGGAUGGAAGGAUUAAGAGAGCUGGUUAUUGUAAUGUUAAAACACUAAGAGCGAGGAAAUCGUUUAAAAGAGAAACUUAUUUAAACUGGAUGGGUUACAACAUGUUAGUAAUGAGAGUUAGAGGAGAUGGUCGCUCUUACAUGCUAAAUAUUUCAACUCGGGGGUAUUACGAUAUUUUAUGGAAUGAUAUGUACCAUUACGUGUUAUAUACACGUGGGGGGCCAUAUUGGCAAGUUUCUCGAAUCCCUUUCUCGAAAUUUUUUAUGGCGUCGAAGGGAAGAGUUCAAGACAAGCAGCAUCCUAUAGCUUUGAACAAAGUAACAAGUUUUGGGAUAUCAGUAGGGGACAAAAUCAAUGGUCCUUUCUCGCUUGAAAUCGAUUACAUAGGAAUAGAAUUCGAUCCAAAUCAUACGGAAGAAUUCGCAUAUGAAAUGUACGAGACCCCUAAAUACAUGACUGCGACUUAAUUGGUUUUUCAUUUAAU